AUGUCUACGCUAACUUCUACGGCUUUUAAAAAUCAUUCAAAAAAAGUGAAUAGUAGUAGAGAUCGAGAUAAAACCAAGUCAACAGCUUCUGAAUCCGGUGGAUCUAGUCAAUGCGAUACGCCACCGUUAGUAGAGAAGGAAGCAUGUACAUCACAAGGUAAAUUUGCUGGUAUUGGUGCGGACUCAGUACAAUGUAUGGCUGAACAAAUUGCUGUUGAGCUUAAUUCUGAAGCUGCUGUAAAUCUUGCUGAAGAUAUUAGCUAUAAACUUCGGCAAACUAUAAGUGCAAUAGCUUUACAUAGUGGAAUUAUGAAGAAAUCUCAAGUGGACAGCUGGGAUGUUAACACACUUAUGGUAUUGUCAGAUACUAGUCCUAUUGUUGGGGCCAGUUCCGGUCAUUUCACUACUAUAGGAGAUGAAAAAUUAUGCUGUGAAGUUGAAACUCUUAUCAAUGUGACAGAGCAAGCAAUGAUUCCGCAGACCUAUGUGUUUUCAACAAUACCAACAAUGUCAGUGGACUGGGUGACAGAUGACAAAAGCUUGAGUGGGUCUAGUCACAUAAGCGCUAGUUUGCAGAACUAUUACACUAAAGUAGCUAGGGCAAUAUUAAAUUUAAAAAAAACACCAAAACAAGUUGCCGUUGAGGAUCUUACGACAAAUACUAGAAUUGGACCGAUUUUUCCGAACCUGUUUAACCUAGCUGUUCUAGUUCUAAAUGACGAUAAUCUCAAUGCCCUGAAUGUUCCUGCCAAGAAACCUCUACAAUCAAAUGUUCUGGAUAUGGUAGACGCUCUCUGUUCUAACCCCUGCAGUUUGGAUACAAAUAUACAACAACAAUUUCAGAGGCUAUUUCCUGUCAUGGUUUCCAAUAUAUUAGGAAAUGGAUCUUUGGCAGAGAAAAUGGUUGCUAUUUUAACAAAGAUAACAAGGACCUGGCCAUCAUUUAUUGCAAUAGGCAAAAGCAUAUUGUUCGACUAUCUGUCGCAAGGCACGAAGGAGCGUCUGACGGCGCCCAUGAUCCGGUGCGUCAUGGCGCUGGGCCGGGACGCCCUCGUGCGCUGCCUCGGGGACCACUUGGAGCACAUCGACGACAUCGUCCACGCCUCGCGGAGGAAUAUCAAGCAUUGCGACCUCCGCGAGACUAUGCUCGACGUGUCGACUUGCCUGCUCAGAUCUGAGCUCACAACGUACUUGGAAGACUUCGUGAUGACCGACUACACGCUCUAUGAGAUACUCGGGGAUUCCAUAAUGCCGCGGCGGACCUUGUUCCCUUUUAUAGAAAAAUCCGAUAAAGACUCGGAGAAGGCGGAAAAGAGCUCCGACGAUGACUUCUACCCUCCGCUGAGACCGACACACAGGCCCAAAGUGAAACUACUGCCUCAGCACGUGAGAAGAAAACCCGCGAGACCGCUGUCAGACGCCUUCGAAACGUCCCAUUUGAGGCGAACGAUUAACAUAAAGAUAAAAAACUGUCGGUCCUUAGACGUGAUCAAAGAUAAAAACGCGAUCAGUUGCCAAGUUUCCCAAAUCAAAGGGACGGUGGUCGCCAGUGGACUCUUAAAUAGGUUUAGGUUUAGACUAAGGACAUCAAACACGCUUUCGCCGUUUGGAGCUUUAACUCUUUAA